CUGAGGGGAGCAGCGGGACGGGACGGGACGGGAGGGCUGCCGGGUCUUCGUCUUUACGUGGCUGGUCAGGUCGGUCCCGCCGUGGUGUUGGAGCUGGGGGAGCUUCCUGCUUCGCUGCGUGGAGGAGGAGCGGCGCUGAGGGGAAAUGAAAAUUUAGGAGAGGAUUUGCCAGAGAAAGAAGAUGGGAGCAAAUAGCAGCAGCAUCAGUGAGCUUCCAGAAAAUGAAUACUUGAAAAAAUUAUCAGGAGCAGAACCCAUCUCAGAGAAUGACCCCUUCUGGAAUCAGCUGCUGUCUUUUAGUUUCACCACUCCAACAAACAGUGCUGACUUAAAGCUUUUGGAAGAAGCCACAAUCUCAGUCUGCAAGUCUCUAGUGGAGAAGAAUCCUCGGACAGGAAACCUUGGCUCCUUGAUUAAAGUCUUUCUUGCUAGAACCAAAGAGUUAAAAAUCUCAGCAGAAUGCCAGAAUCACCUCUUCAUCUGGCAGGCUCACAACGCCCUGUUUAUUAUUUGCUGCUUGCUCAAAGUCUUCAUCAGUCAAAUGUCAGAGGAGGAGCUGCAGCUUCAUUUCACUUAUGAAGAGAAAGGCUCAGGCUCAUAUGGGGCAGAGUGUGAAGACCUCAUAGAAGAACUGCUGUGUUGCCUCAUCCAGCUCAUUGUUGAAAUUCCUCUCUUAGACAUUACCUACAGCAUUUCCUUGGAAGCUGUGACAACUCUGAUUGUCUUCCUCUCCUGCCAGUUAUUCCACAAAGAAAUUCUACGAGAGAGCAUCAUUCACAAGUACCUGAUGCAUGGUCCAUGUCUCCCAUACACCAGCAGACUUGUGAAGACUUUGCUGUAUAAUUUCAUUAGACAAGAAAGAAGCCCUCCCCCAGGGACCCACCUCUUUCAGCAGCAACCAGAUGGAGGAGGCCUCCUUUAUGGGAUUGCAUCUGGGGUGGCAAGUGGAUGUGAGGAGCUGCUCUGGGGCUCUGCUUUGAGCAGAAGGUUGGACCAGGAGGUCCCUUCCAGUCUUGAGGAUUUUGUGAUAGAAGGGAGUGACCCAGGGAAGAAUUGUUGUGCCAUGCUGCAGUGCAUUCUGCUUUGUCCUGAGACUGAGUCUGACCUUUUGUGGGUCAACUCUUUGCUGUUGAUGUUGCCUGGAGAUUCUCAAAGUCUCAAUGCCAUUUUUAUUUGUUAAGAAAAAGGGAGUUUGUGUGUGUCUUAUGCUCUACACUGUGUUUUGGUUGGUGGUUGCUCUCUUUCCCCCCACCAGAUGUCUUAUUCUUCUCCUACCAA